AUGGGCGAUCAUUUGAUGGCAUUUGGGUUUGGGAGGGCUCUUCUUCACCCGCCACGACCUUGUCCUCCGCCCGCUCGCCCCCCCUGCCUGCUGACCCCCGCUGUCGCUAGCAUGUCCGCACACAGCAGCUCGUCAGCCAACCUAGUCGGCAUACACUACCGCGUCGGGAAAAAAAUCGGGGAAGGGUCAUUUGGCGUCAUAUUUGAGGGCACGAAUCUACUCAACAGCCAGACGGUCGCUAUCAAGUUUGAACCACGGAAGGCGGAGGCGCCACAGCUGCGCGACGAGUGUCGCUCCUACCGCAUUCUUGCUGGAUGCACGGGCAUUCCGCAGAUAUACCACUUUGGGCAGGAGGGCCUACACAACAUCCUCGUGAUCGACCUGCUGGGGCCGAGCCUGGAGGACCUCUUCGACAUGUGCGGCCGCAAGUUCUCCAUCAAGACGGUCUGCAUGGCUGCUCGGCAAAUGCUUUCACGCGUGCAAACGAUCCACGAGAAGAACCUUAUAUACCGCGACAUCAAGCCAGACAACUUCCUCAUUGGGCGGCCAGGGACCAAGGGCGCCAACGUGGUGCAUGUCGUUGAUUUUGGGAUGGCGAAGCAGUACCGCGACCCCAAGACGAAGCAGCACAUCCCGUAUCGGGAACGCAAGAGUCUUAGCGGGACGGCACGGUAUAUGUCCAUCAAUACCCAUCUUGGGCGGGAACAGUCAAGGAGAGACGACCUGGAGGCGCUGGGCCAUGUCUUCAUGUACUUUCUGCGCGGGAGCCUGCCGUGGCAGGGCCUCAAGGCCGCGACGAACAAGCAAAAGUACGAGAAGAUCGGCGAGAAGAAGCAGACCACGCCGAUCAAGGAGCUGUGUGAGGGCUUUCCUGAGGAGUUCGGGAUCUACCUCAACUACGUGCGCAAGCUCGGCUUUGAGGAGACGCCCGACUACGACUUUUUACGGGAGCUUUUUGCCAAGGUCAUGAAGAACAAUGGCGAUGCGGACGACGGCGUGUUUGACUGGAAUCUUUUAAACGGCGGGAAAGGCUGGGAGGCUUCAAUGGGCCAAAGCCAGAUGCUCGCGCAGAUCCAAAAUGCGGGGCUCACCGCCGGUGGCACAGCCGAUGCGCGGCGGCGUGGAGACCCAACGGACCGAAGGCGGGCGUCACAGGCCGGUAACGGAAACAUUGUUCCGCCAUCACCAGCGCUCGUGCGGCACGGCUCCAAGACCCGCAAGGGCGGUGCGCUCACGCCCGGUGGCGGCUCGCCUGGCCAGAUGACGCCGCACUCGGCCGCGGCACAGGUGAACGUCCCAGUGGGUGGCGGAUCACGUGGUCAACACCCAUAUGCGAGUGCGGGGAAUGGCGGGUUCGACUACUCCCAGGACGACUAUGCGCAACAGCAACAGCAGCAACAAUAUGGCCGCGCGUCGCCCAUGGUGUCGAGUGUUGGGGCUGGCGCGGCGCCACCUGCCGUGAGCACUGUCAGGGCACAGGGCGGUGUGUCAAGAGACGGCCAGUAUGGGCAGCAAGACGACGAGCAGCCUAAGGGCGGGCUGAUAAAGAUACUGACCUGUCGCUGUGGUUGA